AUGAACUGUCUGAACAGCACUGAGGAGUACCUGGCCUGUCUCUACGGCCCUCGACGCAGCCCCCUCUGCCUCCCCAUGUCCGCCGUGUACUCCUUGAUUUUCCUAGUGGGGAUGGUGGGAAAUCUCUUGGUGUGCUUGGUGAUCGUCCGACAUCAGACAAUGAAGACACCCACCAACUACUACCUCUUCAGCCUGGCCAUCUCUGAUCUCCUGGUCCUGCUGCUGGGCCUGCCACUGGAAACCUAUGAGAUGUGGCACAACUACCCCUUCCUGUUUGGGCCCCUGGGCUGCUACUUCAAGACCGCCCUCUUUGAGACUGUCUGCUUUACCUCCAUCCUCAGCGUGACCAUGGUCAGCGUGGAGCGCUACGUGGCCAUCGUCCACCCGUUCCGGGCCAAGCUAGACAGCACUCGGAGGAGGGCCCUCCGAAUCCUCAGCAUCAUCUGGAUCUUCUCCAUCAUCUUCUCUCUGCCCAAUACCAGUAUCCACGGCAUCAAGGUGCACCACUUCCCCAACGGGUCCCUGGUCCCCGGCUCUGCUACCUGUGCAGUCAUCAGACCCCUGUGGAUCUAUAACUCCAUCAUCCAGGUCACCUCCUUCCUCUUCUACGUCCUCCCUAUGGCUCUCAUCAGUGUCCUCUAUUUCCUCAUGGGGCUCAGGCUGAAGAAAGAUGAGUCCCUGGAGGCUGAAGAAAUGACUGUAAAUAUUCACAGACCAUCCCGCAAACCAGUCACCAAGAUGCUGUUUGUCCUGGUCCUGGUAUUUGCUGUGUGUUGGACCCCAUUCCACAUUGACCGGCUGUUCUUCAGCUUUGUGGAGGAGUGGACUGAGUCCCUCGCGGCUGCGUUCAAUCUCAUCCACGUGGUGUCAGGUGUAUUCUUCUACCUGAGCUCGGCUGUCAAUCCCAUUAUCUAUAACCUACUGUCCCGUCGCUUCCGAACAGCAUUUCGGAAUGUCACCUCUCUGUCCUGCAAAUUGGGGUAUGGCCAGAAUCAUCCACAAGGCCCACCUGUCCAGAGGGACAUCUUCCCGACAGAGUGCCACCUCGUGGAGCUGACAGAAAACGCAGUGCGUCAGUUUCCCUGUCAAUCAUCCAUCUGCCAUUCAUCCCAUGCUCCCCAGCCCUCUGCACUGAUCCCCCCCUAUGGAGGAAAUUUCCAGAGGUACCACCUUGAGGAGGCCUAG